UGUUCUUGAGUCACCGUUGCCUUACUUCAGGAACUUCAUGCUACCCAAGCCACAUAAACUCACCGUAACUUGCAUCUCUUCAUUCAGGAUCGUACUUUUGUUACCCUGAUCUUUUGACAGUUCAAAUUCGACGUCUAAACACUGCAGUGUUUGGGCACGACUAUACCGCGUGCCGUAAGGCAAACAAAAGAGGCCAGCGCAUCAACGCUUCUCCGAGUGAAGUGUCUUCGCGUGUCAUCCUCAAGUCAAUUAAUAUUGCUAUUCUGUCUGGUCCUCCUUUCGCCUUUCUCCACUCCCCAUCCCCAAAGACUUCUACUUAUCGACACAAACCUGAGCUCCCGUAACUUUCCGUUCCUAACGCCAUCACAAUAUGCCUGCAAUUACACAAUCAUACGAAGUCUUACUCGACUUCACGAACGAUACGCAUGACUGCGCAACGAUCCAGUUACUGCGUGAUUAUGGCCGGAACACUAGCGCAGUUGUUCUGCUACACCCUGGAGAAAGCCUCACCCUAGUCCUCGAGGCAGGUUCCAUGUAUAAAUAUGCUCUCAAAUCACAUUCCAAGGUUGCCAACGUGAGUGCACGGAGCUGGCGAGAUAUUCAGUGCGAAAUAUCGCAUCUAUUUGCUGCUAGCCCACCCUCAUGGGCUUCUUUACGUGGGUCCACGGGUUCGCCCGCCAGCGGCGUCACCGUUGACCGAGUAUGGCGGGACUAUCGGUUCAAUGUUUGGAACGAUGCUUGAAGCAAGCCCUUUUGACGAGAUACUAUACCCUGAGGGGCAGAAGCCUUCAUACGAUACCAAUCAGCAUUUGCACGUAAUCUUGUAACGUAAAUUUAUUUCUUUAUUGUUGCUGGUACACACCUCAUCUUGCAAUUGAAAUUCACGCCGUAGGAUGAUACGCAAUCAAAUGUUUAUUGUUGUCAUCCUUCCAAAUUGCGCAAUCGACAUUGUGUU